GGACGGAACAUGAGUUAAAUUGACGGGCCGCGCCCGUGCCGGUGCUAUGAAUACAUCCUUAAUGACUAGAGCGAGAAACGAAGCGCAAACAUGAAUCGCAAGUUCGGUCGGCGGAACGCAUCCGACGUUGAGGAACUUGCCGCCAUACGGGGACGGCAGCCGACCGGAGGCGGGGUUUUGAUUGGAAGCCGGGUUGAUUACCCAAGGCUUGAUUACCAACGCCCUUUUACAGACAGCCCUCUAUCCGUAGCUUGGAGAACUACGCGAGAGAAGCGAUAAGUGAAGGGCUUUUAAACACUCUUUGUUUCUCUCUUUCCUGCUUCCUACACACUUAUC